GAAACGUGUUUCUUCGAUUCAUCUGCGAGGCCACUCCCUGGGGUGGCCUCCCUCUGAGGUUAAAAGUAGAAGAAAUGACGAAGGUGCGGCUGUGUCGUGAAGAGUUAUAGACUGGUGUUUGGACCUGAGCUAAACCGACGAUUUUACCUUUAAAAGCCAGUAAUAGAGUCAUCUGCAGAGGUGAAAAUCCAAAAUGAGCUCCUACCCAUCAUCCAAGACCCAGGCGAUCGAAGACAGCAAGAAGAAAACCUCCCGGCUGAAGGACAACAGCUGGAUCAGAAAAACUAAUGAUGAAGACGAGCCUGUUGACCAAGACCCAAACUUUGGCAAAACUGUCUUGGGUAAAGUCAAAACCAGUGAAACUGCUGUGAGUAGUUCAGAACCUCUGCCAGAGAAAGUUGCUCAACCAAGAGGUUCAUCUGUGCAAGCUCUCACACAGAGGUUCAGUGGAAGUAGAGAGGACCUGAAAACCAUGACACCGUCUUACUACUCUAAAAGAAAUUCCAGUGGGAAGACAGAAACAUCCAGCACUACUAAAACCACAACAGUGACCCAUGGAGGGACAACUGAGAUGACCACCACCACCACCACCCAGAGUGUCAAGUCUCCUGUGACCAAAUCAGCCACUAAAACUGAUACAUUCAUGGACCGCGUCAAAUCCUCAAGCCAAGGACCACAGUAUGUAAACUACUCCCCAACCAAGACAACAAAACCAACUAUUACCAGCACUAAAGAUGUGGACAACAAGCUGAACAACUCACCUACCCCCUCCUCUGUGAAGGAUGAUUCCUCAACUACAAAUAGCAAAACAACUGUGACCACAACUGAGACUGUGACGGUGAAAGAUAGCAGUGAUGCAAAGUCUAAGGACAAGCUGUAUGACCUUCUCCUGCCUGAUGCCAUCACAUCUCCUGUCAGCACAAGCACCAUAAAGUCAAAGACCAUUAUUGUGGAGAGCAGCAAAGAUUCUCAGAAUCAACUCAAUGACUCACUGAUUCCCAAUUCAACCAAAGACAUGCACAAAGACAGGGAAACUGUGUCCAGCAGUGAGACUGUGACGGUGAAGAGCUCCUACAAUGUAGAUAACUCCAAACAGACAACAACCACAACAACAAAUACCUCCUCAACGCCUGUGGAUGACCUGUAUGACUCCCUCCUGCCUAAAUCCAUCACAUCUCCUGUCAGUUCAAGCACCACGGUGAAGGAGACUAUUAAAGUCAGCAGCAGAAAAGAGGAAGAAAGCCCACCAACACCAUCCACCACACGCAGCCUCAGCUACAGCUCAUACCCUGAUGAUACUUCUUACACUCACAGCAGCUCAUACAGCAGCGAAUAUAAAACCUAUUCCUACUCCAAACCAGACUCCAGUUAUGAGUACAGCAGCCUCAAGAGCCCCUCUCUCUACACCUCCACAUCAUACAAGAGUAGCAGCUUGUCAGAUGACAUUCUGUCAGAUCCAAUCUACUCCAAAUCUUCUACGAAGAGUGUUUAUAAGUCCCCUGAUAGGCCUGUGCUCGAGAAGGACCUGUGUACCUCCUGCCGUAAGCCCUUCACUGGUGAUGCCAAGAUGGUCCUGGACGACAUAAAGAUCAGAUGCCAUGCUACCUGCUUUAAAUGUGAUGUCUGCAACGGCUCUCUGAGUAAUCUGAAAGCUGGGGACAGCAUGUGGAUCUACAAACGCAUGGUGCACUGUGAGAACUGCUUCGAGAUCACCAGAGAUAAAUGGCGCCGCUGAACCUCCUCAUAGAUUAAGCAGAUUAUUACAUUUUGAUUGCAUGGGUGACGUGGGUGAUACUAAGACAUCUUUGAGUGGGUGCUCACAGUUGCAUCAUGUAAAUUAAAUUUUUAUGUGGGCACACAUGGUAGGAAAUUUACUAAUACAACUGUAUUUUAAUGCUGCUGUCUCUACCUCUACGCUGUAUAUCUGUUUCACUUUAAUGUGUAACUUUUUGUGGGACUGUUGUGAGUAAUAUGACAGGAUAUUUUACAAUAUUGAGGGCUGGGGGCUUUUUCUUUGUGCAAUAGGGGCAAAUAAAAACAUCUUUAUUUGCAUUUUUUGUCAAAGGUCCCUGUUCUUUAGGUCUAUGUUUACUGCUAAGUUAUUAUGCAAUAAUACAGAACCCCAAAAUGUAUUUUAAGGAAAAGAUUGUUCUUAAAUAGGAUUUAUAAUGAUUUAGUAAGAAACAGAAUAUCUUUAGUAUUGUUUUAAUUGAAGACAAUGUUGUUUAAUUGGAUGCUGAAAUCACAAGAAAAAGUUUAAGCUGUCUUUGUUGAGGGGAAUUUUAGAAUAUCUGUUUGCAUUUCUUUGCCUUUUUUUUAAAUCUGUAAUUGAGUAAAUAAAGCUGCAGUAAUGUGUGUUAAAUGUCUUUUCAAAUCUGUCAUACUAUAAACAGUCAAUUUUGUUUUUGUAACUUUGAAUUGCAAUGGAAUAUAUUAAGCUUUAUAACAAUAAACUGCAUUUGAUCAGCA